CGGACCCGGGCGGAAGUCACGCAUAGCUUUCGGGAAGGUGAGCGGGCGCUAAACCGCAGUUGGACCUCUGGGAACUAGAAGGGUGACGCAGCUCUGACAGGUGGAAUUGGACUGUUUGUUGAAACUUCUUUCUCUGGUAGCCAGGGAGAAAUUUACAUUUUGACUUUUUCUUACCAUGGCUUUGGUUCACAAAUUGCUGAAAGGCACUUAUAUUCUCAAAAAAUGCCUGAAGCCAAGUGCUGCCUUGCGUCCAAUUUUGGAGUAUUGUUCCAGUAGUCUUCAGAAACCAGUGGCUCCUUAUAGCAGAGUCUCCCAGCAGAGCAAGACUGAAGAGGGGUUGCAUGGACAUCACCAAAAAGAGGUGGCUUUGGAUAUAACUUCUCCUGAAGGGAAGACUGAAACUAGUUUUGAUAAAGCAAUUAGAGAUGAAAUAAAGGACCAUUUUAGGCAUUUGAAGGAUGAAAUUGUGACUCGUUGGAUGGGGUCACAAGGCCGCCCACUGCAUGAGGCCUUGAUGGAGCAAGCCAGGGUUGUCUGGCAGUUCCGUGGAAAAGAAGAUUUAGAUAAGUGGAUGGUGACUUCUGAUAAGACAAUUGGAGGCAGAAGUGAAGUGUUCUUAAAAAUGGGCAAGAAUAACCAAAGUGCACUGCUCUAUGGAACUUUGAGCUCUGAGCCGCCUCAGGAUGGGGAUAGUAGCCAAAGCGGGUACUGUUCAAUGAUAUCCAGGAUCCCGAGGGGAGCCUUUGAGAGGAAGAAAUCUUAUGAUUGGUCCCAGUUCAAUACUCUGUAUCUCCGUGUCCGUGGGGAUGGCCGGCCUUGGAUGGUGAAUAUCAGGGAGGACACGGACUUCAUCCAGAAGACAAAUCAAAUAUACAGUUACUUCAUGUUCACCCGUGGGGGCCCCUACUGGCAGGAGGUCAAG